UGGGGUGGGAGGCGGCGGGUCCCUUUUCCGAGCCCGCUCCCGCUGCCCGCAGAGGUGCAGAAGCUCUCCAGCCUGGUGCUGCCGUCGGAAGUGAUCAUCGCCCAGAGCUCCAUCCCUGGGGAAGGGCUCGGCAUCUUCUCCAAGACCUGGAUCAAAGCUGGCACCGAGAUGGGACCGUUCACGGGCAGGGUCAUCUCGCCGGAGCAUGUGGAUCUGUGCAAGAACAACAACCUCAUGUGGGAGGUCUUCAACGAAGACGGCACAGUGCGGUACUUCAUCGAUGCCAGCCAGGAGGACCACCGCAGCUGGAUGACCUACAUCAAAUGUGCCCGGAAUGAGCAGGAGCAGAACCUGGAGGUGGUCCAGAUUGGGAACAGCAUCUUCUACAAGGCCAUCGAGAUGAUUCCUCCAGACCAAGAGCUGCUCGUCUGGUAUGGGAACUCCCAUAACACCUUCCUGGGCAUCCCGGGUGUGCCGGGGCUGGAAGAGGAGCAGAAGAAGAACAAACAUGAGGACUUCCACGCAGUGGAGACGGGGGCCAGCACGACGGGACGCAUGCGCUGCGUCAUCUGCCACCGCGGAUUCAACUCCCGCAGCA